AUGUGGAGUCGAUUUGUAGACGGUGAAUGCCGAGCAAUCUCUGAUAUUAUUGAAGCUAAGCCAACUCUACUCGCAACACGUUUAAAAGUCGGUUCAUACAAUGGUCUUUCUCUUUCAUCUCAACCGACAAGCGUAUUUACCUUAAAUCCUGUCAUCCCUGCUGCAACUCCAUUAUGUCAAUGGACGAUGCUUAAUCAUGCACUGCUUGAAGAAAUCGUCGAAAAAAAUCUACAUCAUACAACGGCAUCAGCAUCAGCAUCGACAUCAAAUGUUGACAUGAAAGACAUAAUUAAGCUUGAUGAUCUUGCUGGUUUUCUUAAAUCACUACAACCAAUGACGAAAGCAAAAUUUUGGAUCAAAGCAACUAUUUGUGUGGUUGAUCUCCAUCAAAUAUUCUUCUACAUGUCCUGCAUUGGGUGUAAGAAGGGGACUGGAUAUGAGCAAAAUGAAAAAUUUCAAUGUUAUCAUUGCAAAUACAUGAGCAAUGCACAACCACGCUGUCGAGCUUACAUCGAAGUUGACGAUGGUAAUGGACGACUUGGGGCUGUCAUGUUCGGUCAAAUUGCAGAAGAAGCUCUGGGUUGCACAGCAAUCGAACUAAUGGAACAUACAGGAAAGGAACAUUUACCAUAUAUCCAAAAUAUUGCAAAAUUAUGUUCAACCAAAAAAUGGAUCAUACAAUUGGGUGCAGAUUUGGAUCAACUCCAAAAACAACGUCACAAAAACUUCAAUGUUCUCUCCAUAAAUGCUGUAAAUGACGAGAACACACCACUUUGA